AUGCAGUGGGCCCACUUUGAAAAAGGCUUUCCUUGGGAUGAGGAGGCAUGUGGUGCUGCUGCUGAAGGUGGACAUCUUGCACUACUUAAAUGGCUUCAUGAAAAAGGUUGUCCAUGGGAUGCGAUGACAUGUGCACGAGCUGCCCGUGGUGGUCAUUUGGAAUGCCUCAAGUAUGCCCAUGAUAAAGGCUGUCCAUGGGACCCACGAACAUGCUCUGAUGCUGCUGGUGGUGGGUAUUUGGAUGUCCUAAAAUAUGCUCAUGAGAAUGGUUGUCCAUGGAAUGGAGACACCUGUGCUAAUGCUGCUGUUGGUGGGCUUUUGGAUGUCGUAAAAUAUGCUCAUGAGAAUCAUUGUCCAUGGGAUGAACGAACAUGCCAUGAUGCUGCUGAUCAUGGGCACUUGGAUGUCCUAAAAUAUGCUCAUGAGCAUGGUUGUCCAUGGGAUGAAUUCAUAUGCUCUGCUGCUGCUGCUAAAGGAUUUGUUCAAUGCUUGAAGUAUGCCCAUGAAAAUGGAUGCCCUUGGGAUUCAUGGACGUGCACCAGAGCUGCAACUAGCAGUAUCGAAAUUCUUGUGUAUGCACGUGACAAUGGUUGUCCAUGGGAUGAAGACACAUGUUCUUAUGCUGCUGGUGGGGGGCAUUUGGAUGUCCUAAAAUAUGCUCAUGAGAAUGGUUGUCCGUGGAAUGAAGACACAUGUUCUGGAGCUGCUGCUGGUGGGCAGUUGGAUGUCCUAAAGUAUGCUCGUGAGAACGAUUGUCCAUGGAAUGAAGACACAUGUGCUAAUGCUGCUCUUGGCGGGCUUUUGGAUGUCGUAAAGUAUGCUCAUGAGAAUCAUUGUCCAUGGGAUGAACGAACGUGCGAAUGUGCUGCUAGCAAUGGGCAUUUGGAUGUCCUAAAAUUUGCUCAUGAAAAUGGAUGCCCUUGGGAUUCAUCGACAUGCUCCGAUGCUGCUAGAUUUGGUCACCUGGAUGUGCUCAAGUAUGCCCAUGAAAAUGGCUGUCCUUGGAAUGUGGACACUUGUAACGAAGCUGCUCAACAUGGUCACCUGGAAUGUUUGCAGUAUGCCCGUGAAAACGGAUGCCCCAGCAGCAGAAGCGUGGAUGAAUUAGAGGAUGAAUUCGACUAGCUAUGGACACUACCGGUGCGGAGACGAGCACAGUGCAGAGCAAUACUAGUAGUGCCCUUGUAGUGUAAACAUUGAAGAAGCAGUUCUCAAUGAAUAUUGGCUAGUUUGACCCUUGUGAAAAAGUUUGGUGUCGGUAACAAUCACAGAUCCCCAAGGUCGCGAGUUGUUGGGAACUGCGUGGUGGUUGGUUCCUUUGAGAGCGAAGCAAGGUAUUCUAGCUACAUAGAGCACAAAAGCUGCAGUAUUUGCUUUCGUUUCGUUUCGCGUUUGCUUUCGUCUGUCAUGGUUUUUGAUUUGAUAACGUGUAAAUGAUUCGUCUUU